CGCUCGCGUGCGGUGUUGGACCUAUCUAUCCUCUCUUCAAUAUACACUAAAAAUGACAUCUAUGGAUGACUACGAUGAGUUCGGCAACUACAUUGGCGCCGACCUGGACUCCGACGACGAAGAAGAGGCACCUUUUCAGCAGACCAUUCCUUCCCAACCAGCGGCGUCACGCAGCUAUGCACUUCUGGAAGGUUUUGACGAUGGAGAUGAGGAUAUGUCUGAGGGCGAGCCUGCUGCUGCUAACCAAGUUGCGCUGAUGGACGUGGACGAACUGCCCUCGGCGCGUGCCGUGGUACUACACGAGGACAAGAAGUACUACCCGACGGCAGAAGAGCUGUAUGGACCAGAGGUAGAAGCAAUCGUACAAGAAGAAGAUACGCAGCCAUUAAGCGAGCCUAUUAUCGCGCCUAUCAAAGUUAGACGGUUUGCUGUUGAGGAGAAAGGGCUUCCAGAGACUCGGUACGACAAAGGAUUCAUGCUAGAUAUGAUGAACUUUCCCGAUAUGAUUCGCAACGUUGCUAUAGUAGGCCAUCUACAUCACGGCAAGACGGCACUCAUGGAUAUGCUUGUGUUCGAAACGCACAAGCUGACAUGGGACUCUGACAACGAGCUACGAUACACCGACACCCAUCUGCUCGCCCGAGAACGACAGAUAUCCAUCAAAUCGACGCCAAUGUCUCUCGUUCUACAGAACACGCUCGGCAAGUCCCAUUUAUGCCAUCUCGUCGACACACCCGGACAUGUAAACUUUCUGGACGAGGUAGCUUCUGCUUGCCGGCUGGUGGAUGGAGUUGUCGUAGUCGUUGAUGUUGUAGAGGGAGUCAUGGUUGGCACGGAACAAAUUCUUCGGCACUGUGUUCUCGAGGGCCUUCCCAUGACACUCGUUAUCAACAAGAUGGAUAGGCUCGUAUUGGAACUACGGCUACCGCCAGGCGAAGCUUACUACAAGAUAAAGCACACGAUUGAGGAAGUAAACACAUACAUCAGCGGUAUCAAUUCUGAUCCUGCGUUGCGAUUGUCGCCAGAAAAGGGGAAUGUCGCUUUUGCGAGCACGCAGAUGGGGUGGUGCUUCACGCUGAGGUCGUUUGCUCAGAUGUAUGCGGACACAUACGGCAAGUUUAAGGUUGAUGAUUUCGCACUCCGGUUAUGGGGCGACAUCUACUUCGACCGGGAAUCCCGCAAGUUCUCACGAAAGGCACGGGAAGCUGGUGCACCUCGCUCCUUCCAGAUGUUCAUCCUCGAUCCCAUCUACAAGCUUUACUCCGCUGUCCUGAGCGAGGACACGGACCAGUUGAAAGAGACACUUGCCUCUCUCAACAUCCAGCUCAAGCCAGUGAUGUACAAGAUGGAUGUGAAGCCGCUGCUCAAAGCCGUGUGCGACCAGUUCUUCAGCAAUUCGACUGGCUUUGUGGACCUUAUCACCGAACACAUACCUUCUCCAGCCCACGCGACCCGCAACAAGGUUGAGCGAACGUACACCGGCGCCCUCAACACCCCAUUAGCGGAAUCGAUGCUCGCGUGUUCCGCCGCGGGCCCGGCAACAGUACAAAUAACAAAGCUAUAUCAGACGACAGACGCACAGGAGUUCCGCGCAUUUGGUCGCGUGCUGAGUGGGACCCUGAAGAAGGGCGAUGAAGUCAAGGUCCUAGGGGAAGGCUACUCGCCGGAAGACGAGGAGGACAUGGUCAAGGCUAUUGCAGAGAACUUGUGGAUCAGCGAGGCGCGAUACGCUAUCGAGGCGGAGGAAGUGCCCGCAGGGAACCUGGUUUUGAUUGGUGGCGUUGAUAACUCGAUCACGAAGACUGCCACUAUCGCCAUCGCCACCGAGGAGAACGAAGACUUACAUAUCUUCCGCCCAAUCAAACAUAUUACCCAGUCUGUGCUGAAGGUCGCGGUGGAGCCAAUUGUACCAUCUGAACUGCCGAAGAUGCUGUCAGGGUUGCGAAAGGUCAACAAGAGCUAUCCGCUGUUGCAGACUAAGGUCGAGGAGAGUGGAGAACACGUAAUCCUCGGAACUGGAGAGCUGUAUCUAGAUUGCGUUCUGCACGAUUUGAGGAGGAUAUUCGCCGAGAUCGAGAUCAAGGUCUCAGAUCCUGUGACGAAGUUUGCGGAGACAGUGGUGGAAACGAGUGCUCUGAAAUGCUAUGCGGAUACGCCCAACAAAAAGAAUCGGCUAACCAUGAUUGCUGAGCCCCUCGAGCGCGGCAUUGCGGAAGAUAUCGAAUCCGGCCGCGUAACAAUGCGCAUGACUCCAAAAGAACGAGGCGGGUUCUUCCAAGAAAAAUAUCAGUGGGACCUGCUCGCUUCCCGGUCGAUAUGGGCGUUUGGGCCUGAUGAACAAGGUGCGAACAUCCUGAUGGAUGACACUCUACCGUCGGAAGUGGACAAAAAGAUGUUGGGUUUGGUCAAGGAGCAUGUCAAGCAGGGUUUCCAGUGGGGUGCACGAGAGGGGCCAUUAUGUGAUGAGCCCAUGCGAAACGUCAAAUUUCGCAUCUUGGAUGCUAGUCUCGCACAAGAGCCGAUCUAUCGAGGCGGUGGGCAGAUUGUGCCUACAGCGCGGAGAGUUUGCUAUUCAUCAUUCUUGAUGGCCACCCCGAGGCUGAUGGAACCUGUGUACUACGUGGAAGUUCAAGCGCCAGCGGAUUGUGUUUCCGAGGUUUACACAGUGCUUGCGAGACGACGUGGACACGUCACUCAAGAUAUCCCGAAGGCCGGUUCGCCCCUGUACACUGUCAAAGCCCUGAUCCCUGUCAUCGACGCGAACGGGUUCGAGACGGAUCUACGGACAGCAACACAGGGUCAGGCUUUCUGUUUACAGUUGUUUGAUCACUGGUCGAUUGUGCCCGGUGAUCCUACCGAUACAAGUAUCAAGUUACGACCACUAGAACCCGCAACCGGACAAGCUUUAGCAAGGGAUUUGGUGCUGAAAACGCGUAGGCGAAAGGGUUUGGGAGAUCAAAUAGCUGUGUCGAAGUACUUGGAUGACGAGUUCGUGCUGGCGUUGUCUGCGUCUGGACACGCGGAUCUUUUAGGAUGA